AUGAAGGAGGACAAGUUGCAGGAAGAAGUGAUGAAGAUUCUCGACGAGGCUGCGAACUCCAGGAAACUUCUUGGGGAAAACUACGACAACUUCAUGAAUGUCGCAGACUACUGCUGCAAAAACUACAUAGAGUCGGGGGCCGACGCGUCCCGAGCUUUGGAGGAGACCAAAACCUUGACCGCCCAGUCGCUGGCCAGCAUUGCUUACCAGAUUAGCACGUUAGCUGCUAGCGUGCUAGGUCUGCUGGACAUGCAGACCCUUCAGCUCGGACGCAUGGAAUCUUCCGUCAACCUCAUCGGUCAGACGGUGGAAAUGCACCGUGAGAAAGUUUCACGCAGAGAAAUUGGCACCUUCACGGCGGUGAGACGCGUCCCCCGUGGGCCCAAGAUUUCAAUGCCGCCCGCAGGGUCGCACCCGCGUCCCUCUUAUGACCGGCACCCAAUCAGCUAUCAGCAACUGGACGACUUAGGCCACGGGGUCAAGCUGAGCGGCAAAGAGCGUGAGGGAACCUUCCGGAAGGCAACCUCGUCUAUCAGGUGCAGCAAACCCAAAGCUAAAGAAGGCCUCAAGAGUGCUCUGGCGCCCUCUGUUGGCAGCUCGACUUUUGGGAAACCUGUGGCGCCACCCACCAUCCCUCAGGUUCCGCUUGACAAUCAUGUCCUGGCUCCGCCCCUCGAGGAAAUCCCGCCACCUCCACCGGACUCUUCGCUAAUUGAUGAAGAGAUUACCCUGGCUCCACCCCUUUCUCCUCCAGAGACUCCGCCCAUUGAUCUUUUUCUACCACUGACUCCGCCCCCAUGUCUGGAGACAGUGCUGGAGGAGAGCAGCCUUCCACCGCCAUCCCCUCCACUCCCUGACCAUGCCUUUUGUCUGCCAUCCAAUGAGGAGCCAGAGCUUCCGGCUCCGCCCCCGAUGACCCAGGAAGUAGACGGGAGUGGCGUGGGCGCGGUCCGGCCCCCCGCCGCUCGCUCCGUGUCGCUGAGGGUCCGUUCGGGGCCCGCCUCCCGCCGCCGUCCGACUCGCUCGCUUUUCCUGCCCGCUGUCCAAUCACUGAUGAUCCCCCCGCCCCCCUCUUACCCUCCGCCGCAUGCACCCUCUCAGCUUGCGCCCGCCUCUUCUUGGUCUUCGUCCCCUUCCUCACAUCGGCUCAGCCUACCUGCUCGUCUCCAGCAUCUGGAUCUGGAGCUCCCGUCCCUCCCUCCGCCUCCUCCUCCACCCCCACCGUUGGAUGACCAGGCUGCUAGUGAUGUUUUAGCAGCAGAGGAGCUCCGUGGCGCCCCCCCUAAUUACCUGGAGAAAGUGGUGGCGCUGUAUGACUACGAGGCAGCGAAGCCGGACGACCUGUCCCUGAUGGCGGGCGACGUCAUUUAUGUAAUUCAUCGCCAUGACAACGGCUGGUAUGAGGGCAUCCUGGGCAACCGUCGAGGAUUCUUUCCCAAAAAUUAUGUCCAAACCUGUGCCUAG